AUGCCCACUAUAGAGAUAAAACUAGCCAUCAUGAAGCAAGAGUCUAUCGUGAAAGCCAUCGCGGCGCCUUUCCGCCACGGCUCUGGCCUUUCACAAACGCGCAAGGCCCAUCCCAGUAACCGCCACGCGGUGAUCCGACGGCGCCCCAAGGCGGGGGCAGGUGAGAUUGGCUGCAGCCCCGCCCGGGCGGACGCGAAGGAAGGAGGCGCCGGUGCCAAUCCACCUCGCGGGCCCAGUCCUCUCCCCCAAACUCGCCGGCGCCAGGGGGACGCAGGACGCUUGAGUCCCUUCGCGCCCCCAGCGCSGUCGGCGCCGCCCCGCCACAGACACGGCCUCAGAGGCCUCAAAGGGGCUGCGGUCCGGGCGGCCACCCGGGGCCACGUAACUCCUUGCUCUGAGCGCCCUCACCUUCGUCCCCAGAAGCCCAGGAUUCCUCUUGGGAAGACGCAGGAGGACGGCGCGGUUGUGAGAGAGGGCGCCAAAGGCGACACGCCGGCGGCCAACUCCAGGCCAAGCCCAGUGCGUCGGCAGAAACUGGCCCUUUCACCCAGCACCGAACACAGAGCUGCCGGAGGAUUUGUGCCUGGAGGACUCAACGCCAGGGCGCCGCCUAGAGGUCGGUCGCGGCCUCKGCCUCACUCGCCCGCCACAACAGAGCUGCUUCCCAAGCCGCAGCCAGAAAUGGCAAAAACAAAACAAAACAAAUUUUAGCUUGGA